UUGCAGACUGAGGGCUGCGCCUACGUCAGCAGCUUCCUGUGGCGGACGCGCAGCUCCAAGAUGGCGCUGCCCAUCUGGAUCGAUGACCGCGGAGGAAACAUCCUGGACGGCGGCGCGCACUUCUACAACGUGUACGAGACCAAGGACGGCAAGUACAUGGCGGUGGGAGCGCUCGAGCCACACUUCUACAAGAUACUCGUGGAAGGUCUGGGUCUGGACCCGGAGGAGGUGGAGCAGUUCUCCGAGUGGGACAAGUGCAAGGAGGCGUUCGCCAAGUCGUUCAAAAGGAAGACGCAAGCCGAGUGGUGCGCCGUGUUCGACCUCACGGACGCCUGCGUGGUGCCCGUCCUGGACUACGACCGCGCCUGCGAACAUCCGCAGAACGCACACCGGCGCGCCUUCGUCGAGUGCAAGGACGGCCCACCGGCUCCCCGUCCGGCGCCCGUACUGUCCCGGACGCCCGCCGAGCCGGACAUGGAGGAACCACUGCCCGGAGAGCACACGAGGCAGAUCCUCAAGGAAUUGGCCGACUUGAGCGACGCCGAGGUGCAGGGACUGAUAGACGACCAGGUGGUCGCGGCGCCCUCCUACACGCUCAAGUCCAAGUUGUAGUUAACGCAAUAAUAUAUACACCCGUAGGCAUUGUCUGGAGGUGGUCUCGGUCACGUGCCUGGGGCUUCCGGUUGAUAGGGUUGAUUGACACUGAAAUGGCUCAGGCCGCAGCUCUCUUUCAAGCUGGGUUUUCGCCUGCGCGCUCACCUCGCUUCAGCCGCAGAGUACGCGGGCGAUAAGCUGAGGCUUCUUUGGGAGGUCCGCCUUAUGGUGUUACAGGGACGUGCGCCUUUUAUUCGAAAAGAGAUUUCGCGCUUACCGCUGAUCUGUUCUUGCUCAAGUUUUGCAGCGAGAUCGCAUUUUAUGGCCCGGGUCGUUAAAAAUAACGCUUAGCACUGUUACUUGCCUGAUUUGUCAAGAAAAACUGCGAAUUUGCCUUCGUCUAGCGUGACCACAUCGAACGCACCAGCAAUUAAUGGAAACCAAUCUCGAAGACCAUGCUUUGCCGUGCUGCGAACGGCGGAAGUGACAUAGCUGCCAUGUUUUAAACAUCACCUACUGCGAGGGGCGCACACGAAGGCAAUUUCGCAGUUUUUUUUUCUUGACAAUUAAGUGAGGAAAUUAACAGUGCCAAGUGUUAUAUAUUGAACGAUUGGGACCAUAAAAUGUGACAUCGCUGCAAAACUUGAGCAAGAACAGAGCAGCAGCAAGCGCAAAAUCUGUUCUACGAUUUUAAGAUAAAAACGCACGCUAUACCUGUAGAUACUUUUGUCCCGUGCUACCCGUGAUCAAGCCUAACACAACAGCUGAUCUUAAAACGCAUGGCGCACAUAAAGCAAACUUGUGCCCAAUAUUGCAGUGAAAGAAAGGACUGGGCGCAGCUCCACGGGUGUUCGCCGCCGUGGUCAAAACUGCGCGUAGCGCUGUCGGUAACUCACGAGAAAGCGUUGCACAAAGCGCAAACUCGUGAAUAACCUUGCAUUCUGGCCACACAUGACGCACCAACAGCCCUGCAGACAGAGUACGAAGAAAUAAAACUACUUUGUUUGGUACGGCGCGGAUGCAAGGUGGGGCUGUCGCAACAGCUUGCGACUGCGUUUAUUAUUAGCAUUCCAACUGUCGUGCAGUGCCAUUGAAAAACUCUCAUUAGGGAGUUUUAGAUAUUGACAGUUAGGGGGCGCAAACAGCUGGGCUUUCAAAAGAACGCGAAAAGGUACACAAUUGAACCCCAAAGCUGUACGAAUCAACGCAAGCCGGGCGCGGCGCUUUGCGUGUGCAAAGGUCCCUUUGGGUAUACCAAACCCGUUUGCGUAUACGCAAAAUCUAAAGCUCCCUAUAUUACAUCAACUGACUACUAAUACUUAAGUACAGUAUUUGGCAAAAUUGUGCGCACUACUAAAGUAUUUUUACGUGCUCUAAGAGACACACAAAAGAGAGAAGGAGAGCUGAUGCCUCUCUUGCAUGUCCCCUUCUACGCGUAUCUUAAUUGUUUUUUUUUUUUUUUUUUUUUUUUU